CCGAGAUGGGUAUAAUACGAGGCAGCACGCGGGGAAGGGAUUUAGAGGAGGCAGGAGGGACCCGUCGGUGGGAAGAGGGGAAGGUGGUUAGAGGGGAAGGUGCCACGCUGCUCACCAGCACCGAGGGGCUGCUGUGGACCCACAGGGGAGGGGCACAAUGAACAUUGAAGUGCACAACAUCACUUAUACCAGUGCCACGGUCUCCUGGGCCACAAACAACCCUUGUCCGGAGAAUUACUACCACGUCAUGUACCGCCCCAACUGGAACAGCGUCUUUGCAGGCUAUUUACGCCAAAACUUCCAUCGCGAGGAGCGAGUUCCCCACUCCCUCAGCUCCCUCGUCCUCCACCGACUCACGCCCUCUACCAUCUACGUCCUCUGCAUCACGUGCAAGAACUCCUACCCCUCCAGCAACCACUGCACCACGUUCCACACCCUGGACCAACCCCCUCUGCUUUUCGGCGGCUCAAAGCACGAGCCCACCACCUCCAUGUGGAUGGUGAGCAGCCUGCUGCUGCUCUGCUUCAUAGCUCUCUUGGCCUACGGCUGCCUGCAGUUCUGGUCGGCACGGUGCCGCGGGGCUUCCAGGCUGAAGGAGCCCGAUGGCAGCUCAGAAGAAGUGGGCGAAGGCAGCAGCUCGCUGGAUGGUCCCUCGAGCGAUGGACUGAAAGAGGAGCUUCUGGAAGUGCCCAUGACCACUGUGCUAAUGAGGAGCUCCAGUUUCAUGAGGGAGAGUCCAUAUAGUUCCCCCCGUUGCUUCUUCCCCUACAAGAACAGCGAUGACAGGAGGGCCAUCUUGCCACAGCACGGCCUUCAGUGAGGGCAAAAGGGAGGCCCUGCUUAGAAGUUUGGUUCGUGCUGUUCUUCCCCAGCUCUUGCCAACACGAGCAUCUGUGUGUCCACAGGGGCUGUUUGUCCCAGGGCAGAACAUGAGGUGGAAUAUAGUAGCCACAGGGAGAAAGGUUUUUGUCAAGUGACAAAAAUAUUCUCAUUUACUGAGAGGUUUUUAAAAGGAAACCAAGUCAGCUUUCUGGGAACAGCCAGGCUAGGCUGACUGUAGUGUCAUUAUCUAAUCUGCAUCAGUACUGUAGGUUCACUUCAAAAUCAUCAACCAAUGUACACAAGAAUAAACUCCACUCCAGUAGUUUCAUGCUUGAGUGAUUCUCCAUUAGCAUCACCCCCCAAGCCCUCGUAAUGCUUGUAUAAACAGUAACCAUGGCCUGACAAAAGAGCUUUUUGUCAGUAAUAAGUUGUAUACAUUUGCACAGAAGUAUUUUAGUAAUUCCCUUUUAGAACUACUAACGGGAUUCCUGAAGUAACACCUUCCUCAGGGAGCAGCGCUGCUCUGGAGCUCCAACUCGCUCUCCUCUCUCUGCAUUUAGAUGGACGUGACUUGGUCCUGGCGCCAACGAGCACAGAGCAGUGUCAGUUCCCCCUAACACAGGCAUGUUAUGGAGGAAAAUAUGGGAAAGCAAUAGCAAAAAGCACACUGAAGCUGCUUCUUGCAUGGCUUUUUGUUUCCACACAGCAAUAUGACCCAGUACAUUUGCAUCCACCACACUGUUAAUGAACUAGUUCUUGCAUUGCUUUCUUCCUAAAUAAAGGAUUCCAACAUCCAC